ACCCUGCCCUGGCUCAGGCAGCUGCUGUGGGCGGGCCCCUGGCCUUCCCCGGCCCCUCGGCCUCCCCCUGCAUUCUAGAGCCCAGAGCUUUUGCCUUUGCCGCUGCCGCUGCUGGGCUGCCACCUCUCCUUCUCAGCCUCUGGCCACUCGCCGCUCCCUCACCCCCCACCCAGUUGUUCCUCUCACCUGGCCAUGACCCCAGCUUCCCCAGGGACCCUGGCCCGGCCCUGAGCCCUGGGACCUCCAGCCCCCUCCUCCCCUCCCCUGGGCCAUGGCCAACUCAGGCCUCCAGCUCCUGGGCUACUUCCUGGCCCUGGGUGGCUGGGUGGGCAUCAUCGCCAGCACAGCCCUCCCGCAGUGGAAGCAGUCCUCGUAUGCGGGCGACGCCAUCAUCACGGCCGUGGGCCUCUACGAAGGGCUCUGGAUGUCCUGUGCCUCCCAGAGUACGGGGCAGGUGCAGUGCAAACUCUACGACUCUCUGCUCGCCCUGGAAGGUCACAUCCAGUCAGCCCGAGCCCUGAUGGUGGUGGCCGUGCUCCUGGGCUUUGUGGCCAUGGUCCUCAGUGUGGUUGGCAUGAAGUGCACCCGGGUUGGAGACAGCAACCCCAUUGCCAAGAGCCGCAUCGCCAUCUCUGGGGGUGCCCUUUUCCUCCUGGCAGGCCUCUGCACUUUGACAGCCGUCUCGUGGUAUGCCACCCUGGUGACCCAGGAGUUCUUCAACCCCAGCACACCAAUCAAUGCCAGGUACGAGUUCGGCUCGGCCCUGUUCGUGGGCUGGGCCUCCGCCGGCCUGGCCAUGCUGGGGGGCUCCUUCCUCUGCUGCACAUGCCCGGAGCCCGAGAGAACCAACAGCAGCCCGCAGCCCUACCGGCCCGGCCCCUCGGCUGCUGCGCGAGAACCAGUUGUUAAAUUGUCUGCCUCCGCCAAGGGCCCCCUGGGUGUGUAAUGUCCAGGUCCCCA